AUGGCCCAGCGACCGGUUCCAUUGCACGUCUCGCAGCCGACGCUGCUCACGAACCUGAACAUUCUCCCGGCAUCAAUAUCAUGGCAGAAUUGUACGCUCGAGUCAGACAAGUAUGUCUGUGUGCGCCAGGUCAACAACGAAGCCAACGCUCCCGCCGAGACGGUCAUCAUCGAUCUCAAGAACACGAACAAUGUUAUCCGAAGGCCAAUUCGGGCGGACAGCGCCAUUAUGCACUUGACUGAGCCCAUCAUAGCUCUCAAGGCCCAAGGCCGGACGCUGCAGCUCUUCAACUUGGAGACCAAGGAGCGCCUACAAACAUACAGCCAUCAAGAGGACAUUCAAUUCUGGAGAUGGAUCAGCCAAACCACCCUCGCUCUCGUUAGCACAAAGGCCGUUUACCAUUGGGAUGUGCUCGACUCCAAAAACGCUGUUGCCCCGCGCAAGAUCUUCGACCGCCAGGAGCAGCUCGAGAACAACCAGAUCAUCAACUACGUAACCAACGAUGACGAGAGCUGGUCAUGCUUGGUAGGCAUCACAUCAAACCCAGCAGGCGGCAUUCGCGGCAACAUGCAGCUGUUCUCCAAGGCCAGGAAUGUGAGCCAGCCUCUCGAGGGUCAUGCCGCCACCUUCGGUACCAUUCGCCUCGAUGGCGCGCAGACAGAUACAAAGCUCUUCGCCUUCGCAGUCAAGUCAUCGUCUGGUGACGCGAAGAUCAACAUCGUCGAAGUCGACCACAAUGCCUCGAACCCGGCGUUCCCAAAGCGCCUCAUCCCGAUACAUUGGCCCGCCGAGGGUACCGGUGACUUCCCGCUCGGCAUUCACAUUGCGCAUAAAUACGGCAUCUUAAUUGUAAUCACCAAAUUUGGUUUCAUCCACCUCCACGACCUUGAGACUGGUACCGCUUUGUUCCUGAAUAGGAUCUCGGAGGAGACUGUGUUUACCACUGCGCGCGACGACGAAGGCACCGGUGUCGUCGUCAUCAACAAGCGAGGACAAGUGCUGCACACGACCAUCCGCGAAGACACCCUGAUCCCGUACAUCAUGGAGAACCCAGCGUGUGCGGAGAUUGCCUACAAGCUGGCCUCAAAAGGCGGACUUCCGGGCGCCGAUCAGCUGUACUCACAACGAUUCGAGACACUAAUGCAACAGGGCAAUUUCGCCGAAGCAGCAAAGGUUGCCGCUAACUCACCUCGAGGCUUCUUGCGCACAAUGAACACCAUCAACAGAUUGCGCCAGGUCCCCAGCCAGCCGGGUCAGAUCACUACCCUCCUUCAAUACUUCGGCCAGCUGCUUGACAAAGGUGGUCUAAACAAGGAGGAAACACUCGAACUGGCUCGCCCUGUAUUUGUCCAAGGUCGCAAGCACCUCAUUGAAAAGUGGCAGAAGGAGGGCAAACUUCACUGCUCAGAAGAGCUUGGAGAUCUCGCCAAACCCCACGAUCUAAACCUUGCCCUGGCUAUCUACAAGGAAGCCAAUGUGCCGCAGAAGGUGGUUGCGUCCCUCGCCGAGCUAGGUCACUACGAUCUCAUCCUACAGUACUGCAACGGCGUUGGAUAUACACCAGACUACAAUGUUCUCUUACAGCACGUUGUACGCAUUAACGCAGAGAAGGGCGCAGAGUUUGCAUCGCAGCUCGCGAAGAACGAGGGCGGGCCUCUUAUUAGCAUCGACCGCGUUGUCGACAUCUUCCAGUCACAGGGCAUGAUUCAGCAAGCGACCGCAUUCCUGCUUGACGUUCUUUCCAACGACCGAGAAGAAGAGGGUCAUCUACAAACGAAGCUGCUGGAGAUGAACUUGCUCAACGCUCCCCAGGUCGCGGAUGCCAUUCUUGGUAAUGAGAUGUUCCACCAUUACGACAAAGCUCGCAUUGCUCAGCUGUGCGAGAACGCUGGACUCCUCACGCGCGCCCUGGAACACAAUGACGACCCCGCCGCUGUUAAGCGUAUCAUCGUUCAGACCGACAAGUUGCCUGAGGAGUGGCUGAUCAACUACUUUGGUCAGCUCACAGUCGAGCUCUCGCUGGAAUGCUUGGAUGCUAUGCUUACGACAAACAUUCGGCAAAACCUCCAAGCGGUUAUCCGCAUCGCUCAGAAGUACUCUGACCUGCUCGGUGCCACCAAAAUCAUCGACUUGUUGGAACGGCAUCGGACGGCCGAAGGCCUAUACUUCUUUUUGGGAUCCAUUGUCAACGUCAGCGAAGACAAGGAUGUCCACUUCAAGUACAUCGAGGCUGCAACCACAAUGCAACAGAUGAAUGAAGUUGAGCGCAUUUGCCGCGAAUCGAACUACUACGACCCGGAGAAAGUAAAGAACUUCCUCAAAGAGGCCAAUUUGACCGAACAGCUUCCAUUGAUAAUUGUUUGCGACCGCUACAAUUUCAUCCACGACUUGGUCCUGUACCUCUACAAGAAGCAGCAGUUCAAGUCUAUCGAGGUCUACGUACAACGGGUCAACCCUGCCAGGACUCCUGCAGUUAUCGGCGGCCUUCUUGAUGUUGAUUGCGACGAGGGCAUUAUCAAAGGGCUAUUGGCCUCCGUAACACCCUCCUCAAUCCCAAUCGAUGAACUCGUCUCCGAGGUCGAGUCACGCAACCGCUUGAAGCUCCUCCUCCCGUUCCUAGAGCAGACUCUGGCUAGUGGCAACCAACAACAAGCUGUUUACAAUGCUUUAGCCAAGAUAUAUAUCGAUAGUAACAACAACCCGGAGAAAUUCCUUAAGGACAACGACCAGUACGAUACUUUGACCGUCGGUAAAUACUGCGAGAAGCGCGAUCCAAACCUGGCGUUCAUCGCAUACCAGAAGGGCCAGAAUGACCUCGAGCUCAUUCACAUCACCAACGAGAAUGCCAUGUUCAAGGCUCAGGCUCGUUACCUGCUUGAGCGAGCCGACUCGGAGGUGUGGGACUAUGUCCUCAGUCCCAACAAUAUCCACCGCCGCUCGUUGGUCGAUCAAGUUACGUCGUCGGCAGUUCCUUCUUCCACCGACCCUGACAAGGUUUCCGUUGCUGUGAAGGCGUUCAUCACAGGGGACAUGCCUUCUGAGCUGAUUGACCUCCUUGAGAAGAUCAUCCUAGAGCCGUCGACCUUCUCCGACAAUCCCAGCCUUCAGAACUUGCUCCUGCUCACCGCCUGCAAGUCCGAUCGCUCCAAGGUCAUGGGCUACAUCCAUCAGCUUGACCAAUUCACGCCCGAAGAUAUUGCUCAGCAGUGCAUUGAAGUUGGCAUGUACGAGGAGGCCUUCGAAAUCUUCAAAAAGCAACCAAACCACGAAGAGGCCGUCAAUGUCCUUAUUGAGCACAUUGUGAGCAUCGACCGUGCUCAAGAUUAUGCUGAGCGCGUGGAACUUCCUGAGGUCUGGAGCAGAGUCGCCAAGGCACAGUUGGAUGGUCUCCGUGUCACCGACUCAAUCGAGUCUUACAUUCGCGCCGGGGACCCAUCUAACUUCCUAGAAGUCAUUGAGACCGCCACCCAUGCAGGAAAGGACGAAGAUUUGAUCAAGUUCCUGAGGAUGGCCCGCAAGACUCUCCGCGAGGUUCCUGUAGACACUGCAUUGGCCUUCUGCUUUGCGCGUACCAACCAGCUACCCGAGCUUGAGGACUUCCUACGCGCCACCAAUGUCGCCGAUGUCGAAGCCUCCGGUGACAAGGCUUACGAAGAAGGUUACCACGAGUCGGCUAAGAUCUUUUACUCGAGCAUCUCGAACUGGGCUAAGCUUGCUACCACGCUGGUACAUCUCGAGGACUACCAAGCUGCAGUCGAAUGCGCGCGCAAGGCAAAUUCCGUCAAAGUUUGGAGACAGGUCAACGAAGCCUGCGUUGCAAAGAAAGAGUUCCGCCUUGCACAGAUAUGUGGUCUCAAUCUUAUUGUCCAUGCUGAAGAGCUUGCGGAUCUUGUCAAACAGUACGAGCGCAAUGGCUACUUCGAUGAGCUCAUCAGCCUACUUGAGGCUGGUCUUGGUCUAGAGCGUGCUCAUAUGGGCAUGUUCACCGAGUUGGGCAAUGCUCUCGCCAAGUACCACCCUGAGCGCGUCAUGGAACAUCUCCGCCUAUUUUGGAGCAGAAUCAACAUCCCAAAAAUGAUCCGCUCUUGCGAGGAAGCUCAUCUUUGGCCGGAACUCAUUUUCCUGUACGUCCAUUACGACGAGUGGGACAACGCUGCCCUGGCCAUGAUGGAGCGUGCAUCGGAUGCUUGGGAACACCAAGCGUUCAAGGACACCAUUACCAAGGCCACCAACGUCGAGAUCUACUACCGUGCUUUGGGUUUCUACCUGGAGGAGCAGCCGACGCUUCUUACCGACUUGCUGCAAGCGCUCACUGCCAGGAUUGAUGUCAAUCGUGUCGUUCGUAUGUUCGUCAAGUCGGACAACAUUCCUCUGAUCAAACCCUUCCUUCUUAACGUGCAGUCGCAGAACAAGCGUGAGGUCAACAACGCUCUCAACGACCUUUUGAUUGAAGAGGAGGACUACAAGACAUUGCGCGACUCGGUCAACAACUACGACAACUACGACCCUGUUGACCUUGCCCAACGUCUCGAGAAGCACGACCUUGUUUUCUUCCGCCAGAUCGCGGCCGACAUCUACCGUAAGAACAAGCGGUGGGAGAAGUCUAUCGCGCUCUCGAAGCAAGACAAGCUGUUCAAGGACGCUAUCGAGACUUCGGCCUUGUCGAGCAAGUCAGAAAUCGUCGAGGAGCUGCUCCGUUACUUUGUGGACAUUGGCAGCCGCGAGUGCUACGUCGGCAUGCUUUAUGCUUGCUACGAUCUCAUCCGCCCAGAUGUCAUCCUAGAGAUGUCGUGGCGUAACGGUCUUCAUGAUUUCACCAUGCCGUACAUGAUCAAUCUUCUCUCUCAACAGACGGCAGCGAUUGAAGUGCUAAAACGCGAUAAUGAAGAGCGCAAGGCUCGCGAAACGUCGCAACAGAAGCAGGAGGAUAACACGCCUAUUCUGGGUUCGCGCCUGAUGCUCACGCAGGGUCCGAUCGCCUCGGCGCCGUCUCCGGGCCCUUACGGACAGGCCAACGGGAUUGCUCCUCAGCCGACGGGCAGCUUCCGAGCCUUUUGA